CGCCGAGCCUGAUAUCGGCGGGUGUCAGUAGAGAGGAAGCAGCUGAAGCAGCCACAGAGGACGGUGUACGCAGCUCCACCACCACCACACGCCCUCCCCGCCACCAUGACCGACUCCCAACACAGAGAGAUCAGCUACGACGAACUGGCCGGCAACCUGGGCCGGGUCACCGUCAUCGAUGUCCGCAACCGUGUCGAACUGCAGCAGGCCGGCCAGAUCCCAGGGUCUCACUGCAUCCCAGUGACGGAGAUCAAGUACGCGUGUGGCCUGGACGAGGAGACCUUCAAGUCCAGGUACGGGUUUGAGAAGCCCGGGACGCAGGAACCCCUCGUGGUGUGCUGCAGGACGGGCGUCCGCUCCAAGACCGCCUGCGAUAUCCUGCAGGCUAAGGGCUUCAAGAGCCACAGGAUCUACCGCGGCUCCUUCAGUGAGUGGGAGGAAAAGGGAGGCGACACCAUCAAGCCCGGACAGCCCUACGAGUACGAGUUCUCAGACAGCGACGAUGAUGAAGAGUCCAACUCGUCCACCGAUAACAUGUCCUCAACUGGCGACAGCUCCUUCAAGAGUUCGUGAUGGUUCAUGCUUCAGUCUUGUCGCCGGGCUUACGAGACUCGUCCCCGGCCUGAGAAAGAGUUGUAAUCCAGAAGCUGUGCGUCCUAGACGUGUGAAAGACCAUAGGUCUUAUCCUUAACAUAAGCUACUCGUUCUGUCACUACUGCGUGAACCACACUUUGCCACGAAGCUAGACACACAAACACGCGCGCACACACACACACACACACACACACACACACACACACACAAGAUC